AUGAAAAUUCUAAAAGUGCUAGCAACUUCCAUUAUCACUCUGCUACAAGGCAUUCAUUCGAUUAUUACAGGGACAAAAGCAAAAGGACCAAGACGAUCGCUUUCAUUUGGAGAAAACGAGGAAAAAUUAAUGAUAACUUGGGCUAACGAUUCUAAGAACAAAAGUGAUAACAAUAUUGAUAAUAAUAAUAAUAAUAUAGUGCAUCGUACACGCAUGCUUACAAGUUAUCAUGCAUUUACUAUUGGUUAA